CAUGAAGCUCCAGUGCGUCUCUCUUCUCAUUUGUGCUUUACUCGUUGGCGAGUGCUGCGGGUCUCGUCUGGACCGCUGGGUCCGAACUGGACUUCAGUACCUGAAGCUCAACCUGUGCCGGAGGGUCUCCUUACCGGAGAGCGAGUGCAAGAAGCUGUCCCACCUGCACCUAAACGGGGUGGUCGUGUACGUGUCCGAGUCCGGCUCGGGGAAAGUGCUGGCGAUCCUGCCGGAUUCAUACUCGAGCGGUGCGCUGCAGUCCAAACAGAGCGCGGAACCGAGCGCGGAUGAUGCGAGCAGGACGAAUGAAGAGCUGUACCCGGGAGCGAGCGCGCAUGACGCCGUGCUGCUGCUGGACCCGAGCCCCGGCGAGAGCUUCGGACACCCGGUGGUUCUGUUCUAUGUGGACUUCAACGUAACCAAGAAGAUGUGCUCACAUGGACGGCGUUUAUCUGGGGGAGGAGUGCUUGACGAUGGCUGUGAAGACACGUUGCCAGAACCAGCUGAAGCGGAGGAGGAGUCGCAGCGACCGUAUGGCGAGCCGGGCGAGGGCCCGCAGGACUACGCCGGCCAGAACCAGUCGAGUGGAGCACAGCAGCGGCCUCUGUGAGAUUCACUUUCUCCCCCUGGUUGUGGGAGUGAAAGAUAGCAACCGAACCCAACGCCUGCGUUGUGUAGAUCACCCAGACUUUGCUGGAUGCCCGCAGCCUUUGCCACUGACCAGCCCAAGCGUGCCAAUCUCCAGCUGUGAGCUCAAUAAAAACACCCGCCGGUGCCAUCAGCAACGCCUGGCCACACACCUGUCCUGCCGCCUCUACCAGACCUGCGAUCAUGCUGUUCUCCUGUCAGGUGGCUGGCAGGAGCAGAUAACAUACCAGCAACACGCGAAGAACCUGCAGCUCUUCUACCAGAUGCUAAAGAACAACGGCUUCCAUAAGGACCAUAUAAAGACAUUCUUUGCUGGGAAUGGACAGGUAGCAGUUAAAGAGACUGAGGGGAUGUAUCCAGCCAUAGAGAAAGACGUGAUCAGGAAUCACAUUUCCUACAUCUGCAGAAAGCAGCACUGCGUGGAUUCUCUGGUUCUGUACCUGAACAGCCCCACACGAAACGACGGCACCAUGCUGCUCUGGGACCGCAACAACAACGGCAUUGCAGAUCUGAAGGAGCGUUACUCUGUGGGUGAACUGUUGGCGGAUCUGGCCGGGUGCAAGGCUGGUCGGGUGCUGCUCUUUGUAGAGCAGAGCUACAGUGGAGUCCUCAGCAAGAGGCUGAUGGGAUCUCUCAAACACGUCAAUGUCGUGCUGCUGAACGGCCUGCCCUGGGUGCACACAGCUGAGUUCUGGGCCUCCCUGCAACCAUCUGAGUGCCUCAUAGACCACCUCAGUAAGAGUUCUACGACACCCCGACUGUCUGAUGCCGCUCUAGGAUUGCUGAACGUGACUCUGGCCGGUGCUCCGUGUAACUCCACCCCUCCUCUCACCGAAGACGAAAUGAGGAAGGAGUACAUGGGCUGCCAGAACCUCCCCACAGCUCUGUGGUACCAAAAAAGGCCCAAGACCACCAAUAACAGGAAUUGAGCGAACUGACAACUUCCAGGACUUUCAGAAGGACUAGAGCCAACUCUUCUGUUCCCAAUAUGUAAUUCGGACACUCCAGUAGAGUACUUCCAUGAAAAACCAACGAGUACCAACGAGUAGUCCUAGAAGUAUGACUUUGUAUAAUGCACAAACUUCAAAUCCAUGACCAGCGCUUUUCUCUCACAAACACACACAGACACAAAACAAUCUACCUGUGUGUGCGCACUUAAUUCACCCGCUGAUGCACAUAGACCCUGACAAGCUGUUGAGGAACGGAGACUACAUAAUGUGCGCUUAAGAGAUCGAAAGAAGAGGCGGUAAUGCAGGACCGAGAGAGAGAAAGCGUCUGACAUGUCCUCACUUUGAACCUCAGUUCCCUUGCUUGUCGCUCCGCAGAAGACGUCCCGCGGGGAGCGUCCCAUGUGAACUUCUCCUCUCUCCGCCUGCCGCGGGAGUUCAGCGCAGGGGCAUCCGCGCUCCUUUACCAGAGUGCUCUUCCGUGGGUCAUCGCACAGGGCGCGCCUGGAACUGAACAAUGGUGACAAGGCCACUCUGAAACACACCUCACACUCACUUGAACAUUUCAGGACAAAUCUUCUUGUCCCUCCUUCAGCUCAGUAAGGGACAGGGCGGUCCAGCAUGAUUUAGUAAUGAGAAAUGUUCCCUCACCACGUCUGGACCCUAGCAGACACUGGGCUCUGCAAGCAUGUAUUUAAGUCAGACCUCUUAUUCCACGCUGUACUAACCACACCGUCCGCAGUAUUCCCUUAUCUCCGCAAACAUUUAAACGCCAGCCACCGAUAAUGUUGACAGUGACGAGAAGGUAUUUCAGGCCCCACGCCAGCUCCUGUGGGAAUUCAUACACAU